GGGAAGGGGAGGAGGGCUCAGCUUCUCAGCCCAGGACAGUGGCGUAGGAAUGGGAGGAAUGGGAGGAAUGGGAGGAAUGGGGGGGAUGGGGGGGAUGGCAGGGAUGGGAGGAGGAGUGCAAGGAGGAGUGGGAGGAGGGAUAGGAGGGAGAGGUGGUGAUGAUGAUGACAUCUACAGUGGGUUUAAUGACAACGACGACGACGAACUCAUCUAUGGAGGGCCUGGCGGCACCAGAGCAGAGUUAACUUCACUGUUCACAGUGAAGCUAACAGUGAAGUUAACAGUGAAGGUAACAGCGAUUCAGAAGUCAACAGCAAAGGUAACAGUGAAGUUAACAGAGAAGGUAACAGUGAAGGUAACAGUGAAGUUAACCGUGAAAUUAACAGUGAAGGUAACAGUGAAGGUAACAGUGAAGGUAACAGUGAAGGGGAACAGUGAAGACGGCGACAUCAGUGAGGUCGUCCUCGCAUCACUGCACGCGGAUAAGCAAAUAGCGUCCUGCGAGCUGUCACAGCGUCCUUCGUCGCACCAACCCCGUGCUCGUCACGAGUCACAUUUUGGUAGUGUGCUGUUGUGUCGCCUAAGUCUGUUGCCCGAGGUGAAGGCAAUGUCUUCUACACCCUGUGUGGCGAUGGGGAAUGUCGGUGAUGACGAGCGUGCGAAGCUGUCGACAGCGGAAAGGACAGCGGUUGCCGCGGCCGUUACCGUUGUUCUUCUGCGCUGCCAGAUGGAGAGCACUGCGGGAAGAAUGAACGCGCAGCUUUGCGCACGGAGGAGGAAGGCGAUGCAGUCAUUGGCGGCGGAAGGGCUGGACACCGCUGCCAUCUGCGACGCCGUCUUCCAGGUGUGCUGCGCAAUGGGUUGUGGCGUUCUGCCUAGAGCCACGCCCAGGUGGUGGAUGAAAAGGAGGACGGGGGGGACGUGGGAGGAUCUGCGUGAUGCCGCCGACGCCACGGAAGACUACUUCCGCCAGAAGCUACAUAUGUCGGAGAAGCUACAUAUGUCGCCCCGUGUCUUCCGUGAGAUUGCGGAGAGCACCAAACAGAUGACUACAGCGCACCUUCAGCAAACGGCAAAGCAGACGGCUACUUGUCUCUUAUACACAUCUAGAUGUGUAUAAGAGACAGAUCUAGAACUGUCCUCGGAAGACGUCGGCCAUGACUACAGCGCACCUUCAGCAAACGGAAAAGCAGACGGCAGCAAAUAGCCGAC